AUUAACGUCAGUUGCCACAGUUGAAAAGGAAAGGAAAAGUCGAAGAUGUAAAUCUCUCCUAUAUUUUAGUAAAACUGAAAAUAUUUUAUUAUUUUAAAUCAAGUGUUUGAUUGAAACUAUUCUCUAUUGUAAACAUAUCUACGUAAUUAAUUAUUAUUAACCAAAUUAACACAAUUGAUGACGAAUUAGUGAUGUAAAACAGCAUAUCUAUCUUAUUGUUUUUAAAACGUAAAUAUUUCAUUAGUAACAAACUUAUUCAGUGCGAAAAAUUAUGGAGUCACUAUCGAAACAAGAGUUGAUAUCAACAAUUACCAAACAAGCUGAUCAAAUCAAGCGAUAUGAAGGUCGACUGAGAGAUGUGGUUGCUGCUUACAAAGGACUUGUUAAAGAAAAGGAAGCUUUGGAAAUCAGUCUUAAAGCUCUCAAUAAAACUGACAGUCCAGCAGAAGGACCAGGAGGAGAUGAAGGUAGAGAUGAAUCAGUUGCAGCUCUCAUGCUGUCUUUAUCCACCUUGACAGAAGAGAAGUCGCGAAUGGAAGAAGCAUUCCAAGCAGAUAAGAAACUGACUAGAGAUAAGUAUGAAAACCAGAUAGCUGCAAUGCGAGAAGAGACCAGAACUCUUAUUCAGCAGCAUUUGGCUGAAGUCAGUAACCUGAAGGCGAAGGUAGCGUAUGAGAUACAAGAGAGAGAGAAAGAGAGAGCCGAUCAUCAGGCUAUGAUGAAGGAAAUACAUCUGAAGCUGAACAGCGAGAGAAAAACAAAAGAGAAAUUAGAAGAUAAGGUCGUACAUUCCAGUGAGGCUCAAGCCUCCCAAGCGGAAUUGGAGAAACGUGUCCGAGAUCUAAGCAGUUCGUUGGAGGCGGCCCAGCGUCGCUUGCAACGCGCCGAGGCCCGCACCGUGGAGACGCCCGCCUUACUCGUGCGCCUGCAGAACAAACUGGCCCUGCUGGAACAGUCACACUCCGUCGCUAUAAGAGAGGAACAAAUAAAAGCGAAACGCGCCGAGGAAUCAGCUCGAAAGAUCUGCGCCCGACAAGAAGAAAGAGUUGCAUUGCUGGAGAGCAAAAUAGCAGAGUUGUCGGAGACUGUGGGACAGUACGAUUUGAGAAGACGACACGACCAACAGCUGAUACAACAACUUAAGGAUUCAGUCAAUGGGAGGCUUAUGGACAAAAUUGCUGCUAAUAAAGACUUUGAAGAAACAUCAGAACCAACUCAAAAAAGCGAAACGGACAACGAAAAACUAGCAGACAGCGAAUACCUACAAACGCUCAUAGACAAAAUACACAUUUUGAAAAAGGAACUCAUCGCUGAGAACGACAAAUUGGGCAGUCCCAUAGAUAUUUCGACGGUUUUUACCGUCCAAGGAUAUGAAAAUAUACAUUUGAAAUGUAAAGAAGAAUAUGAUACUUUGAAAAUGGAAUUCGAUCUUUAUAAACAGCAGAUGAAAAUGAGAGAAGUCGGGAGUGAAACGGAUAGUGAUGUGGGUGAUUUGAAAAACGAGAUCGCAUUGUUGAAGGAGAAGGUUGAGACUUAUAAGAUGGUGUUAGAAGAAGAAAAACAGGAUAAGCUUGACACUUUGAAGUUGUAUGAAGAGAAACACAAAAACGAGCAAGAUUACCAAAAAGAGGUCGUAUCAGAUCUUAAGACCCGUAUCUUAAGUUUGGAGAAACAAGUUCAGACUCAGCGCGACAGAUACGCGGCACUCUUAGAAGAAACUGACAACUAUAUCCGGGCGCGGAAUGAACGCUCGCGGCGAGUUAGCGCUGAAGAACAUACGCAUUUCAAAGAAGGAAUGUUGCCUGACGUAACAGCACCGCCGCAUAUGUUGCACUAUGCGCACGAGUUGGCCAGGAAGGAUCUCGAUAUCUCUCAGCUUAGGAAAGAGAAACACAUCAUGGAGGGACAGUUCAGAGAUUGUCAACGUGAGGCUACGAUUGAAAAGGAACGAUUCAAAGAGGUGAUACGUACUUUGAAGGAGGAAAUUGAUAGAUUACGUCGCAUCCAAUCAAGAGAGGGCGCGAACUUGGAGUACCUUAAGAACGUAGUGAUGGCGUACCUGAUGUCGACAGACAACGCUGGGAGGAAACACAUGCUCAACGCCAUCGCAGCCGUACUGCAUUUCACUACUAAUGAGAAGAAAUCGGUACUCAGUAAUCUAGGGUGGGAUGUACAAGUUUAAUUGAUUAAUAGAUGCUUUAUUUUCAUCAUAUAAAUCACAAUAGAUAUGUUUUCAUAUGUAUAUGUUAUCGAGCAGAAUUAACAAUGUCAUUUUAAGUAAAUAUUGGGUAUUUUUGGGGGUAUUUUUUAAAAUACAUCUAAAAUACUAUUGGCUAUUUAAUUUUUGAGGAAAUCCCAGUCCUUAAAUUGACUUGACCUUAAUUUUUUUGGCACUUUGUAUAUUAAUCCGAAAAAAAUUGUGUCGUCAACAAAAAGCACUUUGGUCUAAGAAAUUCCAAUUCACGUUAAUCCAUUGUUGUUUUUUCAAACUCUAUUAAUUACUUUUAUUUCCAGUAUGCAAAUGUGUGCAAUAUUAUAUUAUUUUAUUGUGUUUUGACAAAGUUCACUCUAAGACAACUAAAUAGGGUGAACCUUGUCGUAUUAAUGGGCCUUUAUCUAUCAAAUUGCCGUUUUGGCCGUUAAAUUAUAUUUGGGAAACGGCAAUUUUAUAGGUUUACGCCAAAUUUUUGACGAAACGUGGGUGUUUUGGUAUUUGUAACAUCUUAACGCUUUUCGCGUUUGCGCUCUAACAUACUUAAGGCCGGGCUUACAGUCCCUUAUCCAUCAGAUUAUCUAUUAGAUAAAUUUAUCAGACACUUGUAUAGGACUAGUUAAACUCGGUCUCAACAUAGCAAAGAUACAUACAUAAUAUUAUACCUAUUAUAUUUCAAGGGUUGGGCAG